AUGGAAGGCGAAAAAAACACGCAACAGGAAAUCACCAAACGCAUAGUGCGGUGUAGCUACCCCGUGCCCACGGAAUUUUGUCGGUGGUCGGACCCACGUAAGGUACUCCUCGUGGGGGCUUCACCGUUCACAGUGGAAGGCGAGAAAAACACGCAACAGGAAAUCACCAAACGCAUAGUGCGGUGUAGCUACCCCGUGCCCACGGAAGUCAGUCCCGAAGUCCAGGACUUUAUUAAAAAAUUGCUAGUGAAAGACCCGCGGCGGCGCCUCGGAGGCGGAGAUGGCGAUGCCGACGAACUGAAGAGACAUCCAUUUUUCCAGAACCUCGACUGGGACGCCGUAGCGCGCCGCGAUAUCCCCGCGCCGUUCGUGCCCGCGCUCGAGCACGCCGCGGACACGCGCAACUUCGCGGACGAGUUCACGCGCAUGCCGCCCACCGACUCGCCCGCGCAGGCGCCCAAACACAGCGACAAGCUGUUCCUCGGAUAUUCGUACGUGGCUCCAAGUAUCCUGUUCUCUGAAAACGUGAUAUCAGACCAGAUAUGGAUGCAGGCUACGGGACAGAGGCACGACAAACUCAAAGGAUGGGUUGCCAAGGACUCUCCGUUCUUCAAGAAAUACGCCGUGGACCUAAGCACGCCGUUGCUAGGCGACGGGACCUAUUCCGUCUGCAGGAAAUGUAUACACCGGGACACCGGAAAAGAAUAUGCUGUCAAGAUAAUCUCAACACAGAAGAAAGACAUCAAACAGGAAAUCGAACUACUGAAAGCUUGCCAAGACUGCCCCUACAUCAUAACACUUCACGAAGUCGUACAGGAUUCGGCAUUCACGUACAUAGUAACCGAGCUAGCCACGGGCGGGGAACUGCUCGCCCAUAUCGGCCCGAGCGGCAUUGGCGAGCGAGUGGCGCGACGACUGUUAGCGCAACUAGCCUGCGCAGUCCGACACAUGCAGCGGCGGCGGGCUGUGCACCGCGACCUUAAACCAGAGAAUAUAAUGCUGACGACGUGUCGGCUGCACGAGGCCAAGGUGAAGGUGGUGGACUUCGGGUUCGCGCGCCGCACGCCCGAGUGCGAGGAGCGCUCGCGCAUGAUGACGCCGUGCUUCAGCCUGCCGUACGCGGCGCCGGAAGUGGUGGCGCGCGCGCGCUCGGGCGCCGCGCCGGGCUACAGCGCCAGCUGCGACAUGUGGAGCCUCGGCGUCAUCUUCUACUGCAUGUUGUGCGGCAAGGCGCCUUUCCAGCCAGCGUCCAAGAAGGAACCCAUCACUUCGUACAUGGACCGCAUCCGACAAGGCAGCUUCUCUAUGGACGGUCCGGUAUGGGAGGCCGUGUCGAGCGACAGCAAGCGCCUGGUCGCCUCCUUACUUACUCGCGAGCCCGCGCGCCGCCCGUUGCCUGAGGAUGUCCUGACCGCGCUCGGCGUGCACACAGACCAGGGCAGCUUCAAACUCGCCGACAUGACCAAAGCCGAACUGUACAAACGCCGAAGCAAGAACAAGCAACGAUCGUCCUCCGAGACGGCCGCCAGCGACGCCCCCGAGUCCGAGUUGAUACACACCAUCAACACGAUCAAGAGCAGAGACAACACCUCCAUUGAAAAUGAUGUGGAACUGAUCAAAGCUAACACUCUGGAUACGCCCGUGGCGGAGGAAGGCAGUAAUGAGGAUACAGAUGAGGUACCGAGCGUCAAACCCGUAGAAAAAACAUACUCCAAAUCCCGAUCAAAACUAGACGAUUACAUCUAUAUCGAGAGCAGCCAAGGUCUCGACGGCACAGAAGUCGCUUUCCCCAAAACUAGUCGCGCCAAGAAAGCCAAGGAGUCCACCUCCCCAGUACCCAGGAAACGUAGAAAAGUAGACAAACCCGAACCUAAACCUAAAGAAACAACAAAUACUAGGACGCUGCGUAGCAAGGAAAAACCUAAGGAAAAACCAAGCCCUAGCAGACCUAAAGAAUCUAUAGAGAACGAGAAAGCAGUCACAAGGGUCACUAGGAAACGGAAAUACGAUGAGAUGGCCAGUUCGAAACCGGUGCUUAGGGAAAAAGGACAGAAUGGGAGACAAUCUAAAAAUAGCGUGGAAAAAGAGGCUACUAGAAAAGUCGCGCGGCGGAAGAAGCUAGCACCCUUAAAAAUAGACGUUCAGCCAACUAACGUUCGCAUGACACGCUCCAGAAUGAGACGGCUAGAGGUCAGUCUGUCCCCCUCUCAGGUCAAAACCAUCGUGCCGGCUUUCUCGUUCGAGUCGGACAAGAGAGUUGAUUCGUCGGAAAGUAACUCUACUAAAAAGACGCGUAAGGCCAAAGCGAGUAAAGGUAAGACUACCGUCCGAGCUACGCGCUCCCGAGCCAACAGGAGGUGAAUGUUGGAUGCUAUAGGUACACGCUAAACU